AUGCCAACAAAGCCUUCCCUUGUGUUUUCUUCGCCCACGAAAUCUUCAGCACAGGUUCCUUCAUCCUCUAAACCAUCUCCGAGACCUUUCGAAGCCAGCUCACCACCAAACUAUGCAUCUCACUCUUCGAAAGAAAUUAAUUCAUCAUCAUCGAACAAACAUCCUUCUCUGACUCUUUCUGUAAAUAAUAGAUCGAUGACCAGCCGCACACCUUUGAAAACUUACAAAGGUUCCGAAAAUACUAACAACAAUUCAGAAGUAUUCGAUAACUCGUUUACUUUUGAAUCACCAAAGAAGCAUACUACCUCUCUUUCAUCAUCACAUGAUUUGGAAUCGUCUGACAAAAAGAGAAAGCUAGAUCAAGCUUCUACAAGCUCUAUAUCUUCUCCAUCAGGAUGGAAAACAAAGCCUUCUAAAAAGCUAAAAGACACAUUGUCAAGCAUGUCAGACGACAAGAAACCUUUUUCACACAAAGAAGUAAAACCGAAAUCAAAGAGGACCAAAUUUAUUAUUGGUGUCACAGGUGGAGAUUUUAUAGAGAAAGGAGAGGUUGUCAACAUCAUCAAGAAAUUAUCCAAAAAUUCUGAGUAUGAUUAUGUGGAGAUUGGAGGAUCUGAUUGUGAAAAAUUCACACACCUUGUUUGUUUGGAUGAAAACCCAAAAAAGACGUUGAAGUUAAUCUAUUCUAUUGCGUUAAAUAUUCCAAUUUUAAAAUCGUCCUGGCUCUAUGAGAGUGAUAAGGCUUCAUAUUUUGUUUCGGAAAGCGAAUUUUAUAUUACCAACUAUCUUAGAAAAAGACCAAGUGGAGGAGUUUUGAAAGAUAAGAGGUGCUUUGUUUUAAGAGGAGACACUGUGUCACUCCCUUCACCUGAAAUUUGUGAGCGAUUUAUUGAAUUGUGUGGAGGAACAAUUGUUGAGAAAAUUACUCAAGCUAAUAUCAUCAUUACUACAUCUGCUUCAAAUGAAUUGGAAUAUAUUAUUCCUAGACAUGAUAUUUCAUCACUGCCAAUGUAUCCAGUGGUCACAAUGCGAUGGAUUGUUGAUGUAGUUGACAAACAACAAUUACUGGAUACCAAAGAGUACAGAGAUGAAUACUAUUAUAGCCUAGAGUGCAUUAACAAAGAAAAAGAAAUACUGAAACAAACGUCGCCAUCUCAUAUUGCUUGUUUACGAUUGACAUCAACUCUUGAUUGCACCGCUCCAUUGAUACCCUUGUAUAUGGAUAAGAAAGUUGUGACUUUGGGAAGAGCUGCAACUGAUGUUGACCACGUGAUUGACACUCCAAACUCAAAAAAGAAUCCUGUCAUUUCCCGUAUUCAUGCUAAAAUUGUUCAAAUACAAGAAAACAGUAGUCAGAGUGAAGACAAAGUAAUAAGAUGGAAGCUCAUUGAUUCUUCUUCUAAUGGCACAUUUGUAAAUAACACCAAGGUUAAGGAAGCGUUUUUGGUGAAUGGAGAUGUCAUUGCAUUUGGACAUAAUAAGGCUAACGUUGCAGUUGGUGAAAAGGUACCAUUUGUUCACACCAAAUGCAUCUAUGUUUUCGAAACUGAGGAGAUUGUUAAUACUGAAGAUGUACAAAAAGAAAAGGAAGAGCUUCAAAAAGAAAAUGAGAAAAUGAGACAAGAAAUUCAACGGCUCAGAGAGAGCCACAUGAAGACAGCCAUGUCAAAUAUUCAAAAAGAAAAGGAAAUUAUUAGACUUCAAAAUCUCGUUCUUCAAAAUCAAAGAAGGGAUUCCUUAGAAUUUCCUUUCAAUCACAAGCUCUACAUUAUUGAUACCAACGUUCUUGUUGAAAGAUUGCACAUUCUCAAGACUUUAUUGGAGAAGGUGAAUUGCUCUUGUAUCAUACCUCAAACAGUCAUUUCUGAGCUCGAUAAGUUAAAAUUAAGGAAAGACAUGUGUGGUACCAAAGCAAGAGAUGCCAUUCGAUUCUUGGAAGAAUCAUUUGAAAAGAGAAAGUAUGAAAAUCUGUAUGGUCAACAAGCUCAUCAGACACUGAACGGUAUGGAGGAUGGAGGUGUACAGCCACAAUCAGCAGAUGAUCACAUCAUUAAUUGUUGUCUCUACUUUAAAGAUAAAGUGUUGAAACGAAAGGAAAAGAAUCAUGAACUCAUUCUAUUAACCUACGAUAGAAAUAUGAGAAUCAAAUCUGGAAUUAACAAAAUUUAUGCUCCAUCCAAUUUCGAAUGA